ACGAUGAAUCACUUGAAAUAAUCCAACCAACUUAAAACCAACUUGUUGCAUUCGCAAUUUUUAUCAUUUCAGUUUUAGUUGAUAUCGGAUACGCAAACAACACAGCAAAAAUGCCAGGUUACGGAUGGCAAUCGGUUGAUGAAACCAGUACGUUCCCAAAACAGCACGCAAUUCGUGCUGGCCGUGAUGCUGACGGUUGUACUAUUUACGUUGGUCGUGCAUUUCAUGAGAACGACUUGCUUCCUGCUAAGGUGAUACCCGAAAAACAAGUGGCCUUUGUGUCGUUUGAUGGUGAAGAGAUUCCAAAAUCCGAAUUCGAAGUAUUACGAUCGGGAGAUUUCGUAUGGGAAUUUGCGUCCAACGGUGAAAUACCCAAAGGUGCCAUAGUUAUUGGUCGUACUGUUGACGGAGAAAAUUUGUAUAUGGGUCGUUGCUUGCAUGAAGGUACUCAAACGCCUGGCAAAGUGCAAGUAAGCCAUGGCUGCUUAUACAUCCCAUUCAACGGAGAAGAGCUCAGCUUUGCCGAAUAUGAAGUUUUGGUUUUAAAAUGAACGAAUUAUUUUUUGGUUUAUUUAAUAAAAAAAAAAAAAAUUGGAGUGAAUCUUCAAUUUAUUUUCUAUCAAAACAAUCAUAAAAAUAUUGCUUCGUUUUUCGCAAAUAAAAAAUGUUUUCCUAUCUAA